CUCAGCCUCACAACCACACAGGAGAACCUGCUUGCAUACUUUGUGUAUCCUCUUACCUCUGAACGGAGAACAUGGGCAGACACAAGGAGUAUUUGGACAAACUGUCCCACUUCUUCCAGAUCCGUAACCUGCUGCUUCGACAGGCGCUGGCAGAGUGUCUCGGCACCCUCAUCCUUGUGAUGUUUGGUUGCGGUGCUGUGGCUCAGCUCGUGUUGAGUGGUGGUUCCCAUGGAAUGUUCCUCACCGUCAACUUUGCCUUCGGCUUUGCUGCCACCUUAGGCAUCCUGGUCUGCGGCCAGGUAUCAGGUGGUCAUCUGAACCCGGCGGUGACUUUCGCCUUGUGUCUACUUGGAAGAGAGCGCUGGAGAAAAUUCCCCACAUACUUCCUCUUUCAGACAAUCGGAGCAUUUUUUGGUUCUGCUAUCAUUUUCGGCAUGUAUUACGAUGCAUUGUGGGACUUUCCUGGAGCUUUCAAUGUGACUGGUCCUAAAGCCACAGCUGGUAUUUUUGCCACUUACCCUGGAAAACAUCUCACCAUUGUCAACGGUUUCUUUGAUCAGAUCAUUGGCACAGCAGCGCUGAUCGUUUGUAUUCUGGCCAUUGUGGAUCCACACAACAACUCCGUCCCCCCAGGACUGGAGGCCUUCACCGUGGGAUUUGUCGUUCUGGUUAUUGGUUUGUCUAUGGGUUUUAACUCGGGUUAUGCCGUCAAUCCUGCAAGGGACCUCGGACCACGUAUUUUCACUGCUAUGGCUGGAUGGGGAGUUGAAGUUUUCACGGCCCGAAAUGGCUGGUUCCUGGUCCCCGUUUUUGCCCCAUUUAUUGGCACCAUCAUCGGCGUGAUGAUCUACCAGCUGAUGGUCGGCUUCCACGUGGAGGGAGAAGCACGUGACAGGAACAGAAAGAGUGCGGAGGAGGAAAAUGUCCGACUCACCAACGUCUCCACCAACAACUCCACCAACAACACCAAGGAAGUGCACUGAGAGGCUUUCGCCACGACACACCAGACGGGGGAGCAAAUAAAAGAUGCACAUUUAGUAAAAACCGACACACAUCAGCAUUUCGUCCUUAUACAGCUGUGGUAACCACAAGUGCUUUUUUUUUUCAAACCUUAACAGCUGUUGGGACAACUUCCAAGAUAGCUCGGUGUAAGUGAAAACUGGCCACUCUCUUUAACAUUAUCAUGUGAUUGUAUUACAGUGUAGAGGAACAGUUUGUGUAGAAACAUAGAAUUACAUUAAUUCUUUUCAGAGAUGAACAUUUGAAUCAUAGUGUCUAUAGUACUCUGUUUGAGCAGUAUUGUAUGUAGUAUCGUAGUGUUAUACCUUUUGUUUUAUAUAUGUACAGUGCAUCUUUCUAUGCGUUUUUUUCAGCCCUCGAGCGCACAAAUGGUCUGUCACUAAAUACUGUACGGCGAAAGAAGUUGUGUCUCGCUAUGUGCGGACCAUGUCGAUUCACGUAACCACUGAUAGUUUUAAGCAACCACAGCUAAAGUGUGAUUUACAUUGAGAUUGUGAUUUGUUUAUUGGGAUGUCUCUCUCUGACCAGCAGUCCCUGAACAAGCUGACCAUCCACUGUAACAUGUCAUCAGCUUGCAAACUUGACUACCCUUUGUAUUAACUAAAUGCCAUGAGAAGCUAUUGUAGCCAUGUAGUUUGAACUAUCAGGCUUAAAAAUCACGUCCAUUUAAAACUGUUGAUGUGUUUGUAUUAGGGCUGCAACGAUUAAGCGAUUAUUAAUCUUUUACUAAAUUAAGUGUCAAUAACCAAAUAAUCGGUAUGAGCUUUUUUUAAUUAUUAUUAUUUUAAACCAAGCUGAUUUUUCAGCUACUUAAAUGUGAAAAUGUGAAAGUUUCUUGGCUCCAUGUAACAAAUAAAUAUUGGUCUGUGGACAAAACAAGACAUUUUGAGAACAUCAUCAUUUCCAUUUUCUGACAUUUUAUGGACCAAACAAGUCCUUGAUUAAUCGAGAACAUCAUCGACAGAUUAAAAGAUUAUGAAAAUAAUCGUUAGUUGCAGCUCUAGUUUCUAUCUGACUCCAUGGUUUGGUGCUAAACCGGACUGUGUGCACCUAUAUACUUUGUAAGUAGGUCGAAGAGAACAUGCUUUUGUAUUGAUACAAUAAAGUGCUCAUUUUUUGUUGCAGGA